AGAGAAAUCCUUAGCUCUUAAUCCUAGGGAAUUAACAAUAUAAUAAUACUAUAAACACUUAGUUACCUAAGGAUUGAUCCUUAGAUAAGGAGUUUUAGGAUCAAAUCCUUAUGGACGUGGCAGCUUGGCAUUGGGUGGAGAGAGACAACAUGGGUUCGCCGGCAACAACGAUGAUGAUCUGAGCUCAUUCUUCUUCUCUUUGAUGCUCAACCUUCAUCUCCAACGAAGCAAUAAAAUUCUCCAGAUCUCGUCUUCUGUUUGAUCGGAUCUGAAUAAUCGCAAUCCUAGAGAAAACAACAUGGCAGGGGCGGGCUCUGCGCUGUUUCUGCUCGACAUCAAGGGCCGUGUCCUCGUCUGGCGCGUUUCUUCACCAAACUCAUCGAGAAAGAGGGAGAUUCAGAGUCUAAUGAACCAGUUGUAUACGAUGCUGCAAGUAGUGUUCUAAAUAUUGCAGAACUGUAAUGCUGCAAGUCUUCUCUUCUUCUUGCAUCGCGUCGUCGAUGUUUUCAAGCAUUACUUUGAGGAGUUGGAGGAAGAGUCAUUGAGGGAUAACUUUGUGGUUGUGGUAUGUUGUUACUGCUUGUUUUGCAGUACGAGUUACUUGACGAGAUGAUGGCUGUCAUUAAUGUUGUUGCCCAUUGUGGUUGUGGUAUGUUGUUAUAAUGGCUGUCACCAAUGCUGUUUUUUGGAGGAGUGAGGGGUUACAGUUUAAGAAAAACGAAGUUUUCUUGGACGUGGUAGAGAGUGUAAAUAUCCUCUGUCAACAGUAACGGGCAAAUUGUAAGGUCUGAUGUCGUUGGAGCAUUGCAGAUGCGGACAUAUUUGAGAUAAAACCACAGGUGGAUAAAUUUGGACUGGACCGGGUUAUACCAAUGUACUAUCAGGUAGUAAAGCCAAGUCGUUGUCAGGUCUGGUUGUACUCAUCUCCAAUGCCAAUUCUGCUCUAUCAGAGAGAGGCUAAUUCACACACACACACUUUCUUUAUAAAGAACAGUCUGUGUGUUAAUAAUUCUCAUCUCCUGUCCGGACAUAGACACAAAAGAUGGAAGCUGUAAGAAGAAGAGGCAGAGAGAACCAAAAAAGUCCAGAGAGGCUAAUAAGGUCUUUGAAUCUUCAGCAAGAUGAUGAAGAAGAAGAGGCCAAGACAAAGAGACCAAUCUUCAGAAGAGUCCAAGUCGUUUAUUAUCUCACCAGAAAUGGCCACCUCGAACACCCUCACUUCAUCGAAGUCAUUGUUCCGGUUAACCAGCCUCUCCGGUUAAGAGAUGUGACGAACCGGCUUACGGUUUUGAGAGGGAAGAACAUGCCAUCACUAUACGCUUGGUCAUGCAAAAGGAGCUAUAGAAAUGGAUUCGUGUGGAACGACUUAGCUGAAAACGAUGUGAUUUACCCGUCGAACUGUGGUGAGUAUGUGCUGAAAGGAUCUGAAAUCACCGAGAAAGUUCAGGAGACACAUGUGAAGAGAACACUGUCUGGUCCAAAUCAAGAAGCUCCGAAAAGUCGACUUCUCAGGUUAAAACCAAAACUACAAAACAGAACGACGUCGUUCGACGACUCAGAGCUCUACGUCGGAGAAGAUGAAGAAGAAGAAGACGGAGAGUACGAUCUUUCCGAAGAGAAAACCAGCUACACAUCCUCCACGACGCCGCAAUCUCGCUUCUCUCGUGGAAUCUCCACGGAGACAAUCGAAUUCGCCGAGAAAAAACCUAACUUGGUCAAGACGGAACAGAGCUUGCCGGUCCGGUCUGACCCGUCCGAGUUGACUCGUUCCGCCGACAGGGUCGAGGACGGUGACCCUGUGGUGGAUACCGGAUCCGUUCGCGGGUCGAUCUGGCUCCAGAUGAUCUCGUGCGGGCACAUAGCCAAGCACUACGCUGCUCCGAGUCUGAUGAACAGCAGCUCGAGACCAAAGGAGGAGAGUCUUCGAAAAGGGGUUGUGUGCAAGAACGUCGUGAAGAAGGCUGUCGUGGAAGACGAGCGUGAGAUGAUAAGGUUCAUGUCGGAGAAUCCGAGGUUCGGGAAUCCUCAGGCGGAGGAGAAAGAGUAUUUUAGUGGUAGCAUCGUUGAAUCAGUGAGUCAUGAACGAGUCGCGGCUGAGCCCGCGUUAAGGCGAUCCAACUCGUUCAACGAGGAAAGAUCAAAGAUUGUGGAUAUGAUGGCUAAGGAGGUGAAGGAGAAAGACGAACGAGAAGAGAGAUCGAACGUGAAGGUGAGAUGUAUACCGAGGAGGAAGAGCUCAUCUUGCUUAAUGUCAUCAUCGAAGCAAACCAAGGAUUGAAAACUAUUUUAGCAUAAAGUAACGAUUGAUCAUUAGAAUAGUAUCUAAUGCUACAAGUGGUAUGAGUAAUGAACUAGAUGUUGCUGUUUUUAUUAUCGGGAAUAUAUAUUUCCCACUUUAUUAUAAGUUAUUAUUAUUAUUA